AUGGGAGUCCCAUUUGGUCGAAUUAGCGGCGCUGCCGUUUCUGGGCAAGUUGUUGAUCCGCUGAUACAAAUCCACUUUGAAUGUCGCGCCGCACAGCACCCCUUCGCUGUCCGUCCUCGGCAUCGCCAGUACUCCUCUGCCACCGCUAGGACUGCCACUGCCAGGACAGAAGCCUUCCUGGGCCAGUCCUCCUCUGCUGGGCCGCCACCUGCCCACCUCCCCGGCUCCUCUAGGCUACCUCUCCCAGUCUCCCUCCCUUCCCUUGAGGUAAAUCGGUAA